UUGGGAAUCCAGUUUCUUAUAAACCUGCUUUCUCUUUUCUUCUUUUCUUCUUCUCUGCCGCUCUGAACAAGAAGUAGCUUCCGAGGUUUUGGGAUUCAUUCAGUGUAUUCUAGGGCACCACUUUUCUUUUCUUUCACCUGAAGCCACCUCAGCUCUCACUUUGCCUCCUUCGAUCUUCGUUCUUCUAUGGAAGCUAGGGCCUGAAUCGCUCCACUUCUAAAUUAGCAACCGACAAAAUGUUCUUCAGCGGCGAUCCUUCUACGCGGAAGCGCGUCGAUUUGGGCGGUCGCAGCUCCAAGGAAAGGGACAGGAAGAACCUUCUAGAACAGACUCGCGUCGAACGCAACCGCCGCCUCUGGCACCGUCAACAGAACUCUGCUGCGCUCAAAAUUCAGAAAUGCUUCAGAGGGAGAAAAGAUGUCAGACUUGAAAAGUCUAGGUUGCGAGAGCAGUUCUACAAGACCUAUGGCAAGUACUGCCAGAAUGUAGACAGGAAUUCUUUCUGUGUCAACUCUGAUUUCCUUCGCCAGUUCCUUUAUUUCUUUAAGGCAGACAAUAUAGAUGAUUUUUUAGUUCUCGUGCAGAUAUGCCGAUUGCUUCAGCAGUUCGUUCACGAAGAUGGGGAUGUUGUCAAACAUUUUGCUGGUGUGGAUUACUCAUCCACGGGUGGUUUGGUGAAUUACCGAGUGAAGCAACUUGUAUAUUCUUGUAUUUGUGCACUACAUCAGAAUAGAAAUCAGUUGAAGGAUCAGCUUUUAUUGAGUCCUGAGGAAUUGGAUGCGUCGGCUGUGCCUUUAUUGGAAGUUAUAGUAUUGUUAAUUGAUCCCAAAUUGCCAUGGAGCUGCAAGAUAGUAGGAUAUCUCUUUCAAAACAAUGCAUUAGGGCUACUCAGAGAGAUUAUCCUUACAGGAAAGGAUAAUGCAGAAAAUUAUUUUCCCAUUGGAAAAGGAUCAUCGUUGGAGCGUCUUCUUAUGGUUGUAAUUUGUCACAUUGGUCAGAAACCAUGUGUUUGUUCAGAUAUCAAUCCAAGAUAUAGCUUUGCAUCACAGAUCAUUACUAUUCCAUUCGUGUGGCAUCUCUUCCCAAACUUAAGACAGGUUUUUGCAGCAGAGGGCAUGAGUCAACAUUAUAUUCAUCAUAUGGCAACAUUUGGGCAAAAUCUAAUCAAUUCGCUACCCAAAGAUAUGUCAAAUGAAGUUCCUAGCUAUGCAUGUAUGCUUGGAAAUAUAUUAGAAACAUCUGGAGUUGCUUUAUCUCAGCCUGCGUGUUCAUUUGAUAUGGCCGUAGAUCUUGCUGCUGUUACUACCUUUCUAAUGGAGGCACUUCCUUCUGUGAGAACAUCUGAUAAUAGAGAAAGUUCAAUGAUUCUUGAUGAUGAUAUGAUUGAAGAUGAAGCAGCUGCGGAAGUAGCUUUAGAUAAGAAACUGGAGCAGCAGAUUUAUAAUGCCAUAAACCCUCGCUUCCUUCUACAUCUGACAAAUAUACUAUUUAGAGAGCUUUCAUCUGUCAAUGCUUUAGAGUAUGGACCGGAUGAUAGAGAGGUGGCAGCUGUUGGUGCAGCUUGUGGGUUUUUGUAUGUUACCUUCAACAAACUUCCCAUGGAACGGAUUAUGACUGUGCUUGCUUACAGAACUGAACUUGUUCCUAUGCUUUGGAAUUUUAUGAAGCGGUGCCAUGAAAAUAAGAAAUGGUCAUCUUUGUCUGAGUGGUUAUCAUACCUCUCAGGUGAUGCACCUGGUUGGCUGUUACCACUGGCUGUAUUCUGUCCUGUCUACAAGCACAUGCUUAUGAUAGUCGAUAAUGAGGAAUUUUAUGAGCAGGAGAGGCCACUGUCACUGAAGGAUAUCAGAAGCCUUAUCAUUAUAUUGAGACAGGCUUUAUGGCAGCUGCUGUGGGUAAAUCAUACCACAAAUCCUAAUUUGCUGAAAUCUGCUUCAGCCAGUUCGGCUAGUAAGAGGCAGUCUGUUGAAGCUAUUCAACAGAGGGUUAGCAUUGUGGUUUCUGAGCUUCUUUCACAGCUGCAAGAUUGGAACAACAGGCGGCAGUUUACAUCCCCCAGUGAUUUUCAUGCAGAUGGGGUGAAUGACUUUUUUAUCUCCCAGGCUGUAACAGAAAACACACGAGCAAAUGAAAUUUUGAAGCAGGCCCCUUUCUUGAUACCAUUUACGAGCAGGGUUAAAAUAUUCUCUUCUCAACUAGCUGCAGUUAGGCAAAGACAUGGUUCUCAGGCUGGAUUUACUCGAAACCGGUUCAGAAUAAAACGAGAUCGCAUUUUAGAAGAUGCUUAUAAUCAAAUGAGUCAGUUGUCCGAAGAUAAUCUUCGAGGACUGAUUCGUGUGACUUUUGUCAAUGAAUUUGGAGUUGAAGAGGCGGGAAUCGAUGGUGGUGGAAUAUUCAAAGAUUUUAUGGAGAACAUCACACGUGCUGCCUUUGAUGUGCAGUAUGGAUUGUUCAAGGAAACAGCAGAUCACCUGCUUUAUCCGAAUCCUGGAUCAGGAAUGAUACAUGAACAACAUUUCCAAUUUUUCCACUUUCUUGGCACUCUUCUUGCAAAGGCCAUGUUUGAAGGAAUUCUGGUUGAUAUACCAUUUGCUACAUUCUUCUUGAGCAAACUUAAACAAAAGUACAACUAUUUGAAUGACUUGCCUUCCUUGGACCCAGAAUUAUAUCGCCAUCUUAUUUUUCUCAAGCAUUAUGAUGGUGACAUAUCAGACUUGGAAUUAUACUUUGUGAUAGUAAACAAUGAAUAUGGUGAGCAAACAGAGGAGGAACUGCUCCCGGGGGGAAGGAAUCUACGUGUUACUAAUGAAAAUGUCAUUACUUUUAUUCAUCUUGUAGCAAAUCACCGCUUGAAUUUUCAGAUACGCCAACAAAGUUCUCAUUUCUUGAGGGGAUUUCAGCAACUUAUUCAGAAGGAUUGGAUUGACAUGUUUAAUGAACAUGAACUUCAGCUUUUGAUAUCAGGUUCACUGGAGAGCUUGGAUGUCGAUGAUCUGCGGCAGCAUACCAACUAUGCAGGAGGCUAUCACAGUGAUCAUUAUGUGAUUGAGAUGUUUUGGGAGAUUCUCAAAGGCUUUUCAUUGGAAAACAGGAAGAAAUUUCUGAAGUUUGUGACAGGUUGCUCUCGUGGACCAUUGCUGGGUUUCCGAUAUCUUGAACCUUUGUUUUGCAUACAAAGGGCUGCUGGUACUGCAUCGGAGGAAGCUCUUGACCGAUUACCAACGUCAGCUACUUGUAUGAAUCUGCUAAAGCUUCCACCUUAUCAAAGUAAGGAGCAAUUGGAAACCAAAUUGCUUUAUGCCAUAAAUGCCGAUGCUGGUUUUGAUUUAAGUUAAAGGGGGUAAUGCAAAUCGGAAAUUUUAGCUGGAUGCUGUUGGAGGAAAGAGGAAUGGCUUAUGGACACACUGUUAGAGCGGCAUGGGAGACGACAAAAUAAUCAGAUGGCAGACAACUAAGAAUAAAAUUAUUAUUAUUAUUAUUAUUAUUAUUAUUAUUAUUAUUAUUAUUAUUGUAUAUUGUAUAUAUAUUCCUACAUGAUAUUGCUCAUCAAUGUAUUCUCUCUCAAUGUACAUAUAUAAAGUGUCAUUGGAAACUGUAAAAUCAAUUCAAUUAUGUUUUUAAUCAUAAUUGAUUUGUUCUAUUCUCUGAUCAUUAAUUAAUUAAAAUAGCACUCCACACCUCCAGUGUUCAAAUGGAAAGAGAGUUGCUGGAACAUUUUGACGAAAAAAUGAAAAGAUUUGUACACGCACACAAAGGAGAGACAAUAAUUUGUAUUUAUGAAUUUGCAAAUGCUAACAAAAGCAUCUAUGGAAGUAGGAAACUGAUUUUCUAAUA